ACUCCACAACAGCUGACCUGUCCAUCGCUCAGACACUAUGAGGGCGCCCCGGAAUCUUCUACUGCUGCCCGCCCUUCUCUACAGCAUCACCUACACACAAGGUGCAGCUAACAUGGUGGUCGACUGCUGCCUCCAGACCAGCCCCAAGCGUAUCCCAUCCAACGUUGUCACCAGAUAUGAGGUGCAGACACCAGAGAAAGGAUGCCGAGUGAAAGCCGUGGUGUUCUUUACAACCCAUACGCCCUCCCUGAAGCUAUGUGCCCCUCUGGGCAACCCCUGGGUUGUCAAGCUGAUGAAAAGGUUGGACAACAAGAAGAAAGACUUGGUUAAGAAGGAGAGGACUGACCGGAAACAAAAGAAACCCCCCCAGCAUCAGCAGCGGGAAUGAGCCAAGGUAUAAGUCCCCGGGCCAGAUUGGUCUCUGUGGACAUUUCUGUGUCGCCUACAAACUGAAGAUACAAGCUGAAGCCAGACCACCGUCCUCAGCAACAUCCAUCUACUGCCAAUCCGGUGACACCCGGAGCACAAUGUAUUAGAUAUUGGCAUUUUCUGUAAAAUCAAUGAAAUGUGAAUUCUUCUUAUCCAAGUCUUUAAAAUGUACAUGUAACCUUCUUCAUUUCUUGUGUCCUUCCUCCCUAUCUAGAUUUAAUCAACAUUAACCCUUCCUUCCUCUCUCCCUCCCACCCUUCCACCCUUCCCCUUUUUUAAUUCUCUCCCUCCCUUC